AACCCGGAAUUAGAAGUUACAGGACAACAGGAACCGCUGGCACUUUGUUCCGGCGAACGAAACAACAACAUCGCUGAAGAGAUUGCAGAGAUCGGAGAAGACGAGCUCAAAAAGCUCGAAUAUUUGUCUUUGGUGUCUAAAGUUUGUACCGAGCUUGACAACCACUUAGGAAUCAACGAUAAGGACCUUGUUGAGUUGGUAAUCAGUCUUGCAGAGAAACAUCCAACCAUCAAUAGAUUUAAGUCACGCUCUAAUGAGAGAGACAGAAGGAAUUGCAGGAGCUGCUGGUACUCUCGCAGCAGGUCCAGGAGUCCUGCACGGGGAGACAGAGACAAAGGCUCCGACCGCUGGAAGGACAAACAUGUCGACCGGCCCCUAACGGAGGAGCCAUCUGUGGGGGAUAUCUACAAUGGCAAAGUCACCAGUGUUAUGCAGUUUGCCUGCUUUGUACAGGUGGAAGGUCUCAGGAAUCACUGGGAAGGCUUGGUCCAUAUUUCUGAGCUCAGGAGAGAAGGUCGGGUAGCAGAUGUGGUCAGCAAAGGUCAAAGUGUCAAAGUCAAGGUGUUGUCCUUCACUGGAUCCAAAACAAGUCUCAGUAUGAAGGACGUUGACCAGGACACUGGGGAAGAACCCUGAUGGAUCUCUCUUCCAAGCAGCGAUGAUGCAUAGUGCCCUGGCCAAAGAGCGACGGGAGGUGAAACAGGACCAACGGGAAGCUGGAAUGGACUCAAUACCCAUGGGCUUUAACAAGCACUGGGUGGACCCACUGCCUGACAUUUUCUCACCCUCGUCAUCCAUACAGCCGACAGGAGGCAGAUAGCUGCCAACAUGAGCGGCAUAGGUAUGAUGCCCAACGACAUCCCAGAAUGGAAGAAACACGCCUUUGGUGGCAACAAGGCGUCCUAUGGAAAAAAGGCUCAACUUUCUAUGCUAGAGCAAAGAGAGAAUCUUCCUACUUCCUAUCUACAAGCUGAAAGAGCUGCUCAUUCAGGCUGUCCAUGACAACCAGAGCCCAUGCUUUGUAAGAUGUUGAUCAUGUCCGUCCAUCUUGGCUGUAGUGAAGAGAUGCUGACCAUAGUGUCAUUGCUCUCAGUACAGAAUGUCCUCUGAACGGUUACAUCAUUAAAUGGAGUUUUAGGUAUCAUAGCAAACUGAUCCUAAAGACAGUAAUCAUUAUUUUACUCUGAAUCUCAGGACAAACCAGCUCUGGCUGACCAGAAGAAGGCUAAGUUUCACCAGCCUGAGGGGGACCACCUGACUUUGUUGGCUGUCUACAACUCCUGGAAGAACAACAAGUUUUCCAACCCCUGGUGCUAUAAAAACUUCAUCCAGGCUCGAUCUCUCCGGCGUGUGCAGGAUAUCCGCAAACAGAUGCUGGGCAUCAUGGAUAGGUGGGCGGCUGAGAAUAACAACACAAGCUGGAUGUGGUAUCAUGUGGUAAAGCCACAGUACGGGUACAGAAGGCCAUCUGCAGUGGUUUCUUCCAAAAUGCAGC